AUGUCGCAUAUAUACACGUCACAAAGAGCACUGACCUCGGAUGCCCAAGCAAUAUCUUUGCUGUUCGCACUAUCAUGGCAAUCCCCGUUCUCACGCCUCCAAUUUGGUGACGUGGAUCCAGACGCCCUAGCCAACGCUAUGACAUCUCGCAUCGCCCGGCAGAUUGAGGAGAAUAGCAUGCUUUUCAUGGUCGCCCGCGAUGUGAGGAACGGGCAUGUCGUAUCCGUGGCUCAAUGGACGGUGCCUGCUUCUCCCGCUACCACGCCAGAACAUGUACAGCAGCCAAGAGAACGGGCUCAAACAAUUCAAGAAGAGGAAGAUAGAGAGGAGCGGGAGGCAUUCGAAGACGAAGUAUACUUCAAUUCCCUGCCUUCGACUAGCAAUCGCGCUCUCAUCAUGGAAUUCACUAGAGGUCUUCGGAAUCUGAGGCAGCGUAUACUACAGGGACAACCGCACUUCCUAUUAGAGAAUCUGGCUACGCAUCCUGAACAUCGAGGAUGUGGGUUAGCGGCAAAACUGAUAAGCGAAGUCUUGGACAUGGCUGAUGAACGGGGUGUGGUAACGUACUUGGAGACUGCGGACGAUAACAAGGCACGGGGAUUGUAUGAGAGAUUGGGAUUUCAAGAGAGGGAUAAGGAGACGAUUAGGGACUUGAGCAAGUUCGCGAGUACGGAAGACAUGGAAAGAGUUGGGGCUGGGAUUGAGCAUACGCAUGUUGGAUUUGUAAGAGACCCAAAACAGAGGAAAGACUAA